AUGGAGCUGGGAAAGGCAAAGCUGCUGCGAACUGGCCUCAAUGCCUUAUACCAAGCAAUUCACCCCGUGCAUGGGAUUGCCUGGACAGAUGGGAAGCAGGUGAUACUGACUGCUUUACACCUUCAUAACGGAGAGCCCAAAUUCGGUGACUCGAGCGUGGUGGGUCAGUUUGAACACGUGCACGGGCUGUACUGGGGCCCGUGUCCCCCCGACGCCCCGGCCCUGCUCGCCGUUCAGCACAAGAAGCACAUCACCAUUUGGCAGCUCUGCUUUAACGCCACCGACAGAAACAAGCUCCUGGUUUCCCAGAUCUGUGACAUCAGCGAGCCGUUCCCUGUGCUCCCCCAGGGCUGCGUGUGGCAUCCCAAGAAGGAGGUCUUAGCUGUGCUGACUACCCGGGACGCCUCCGUCUUACCCUCUGUCCACCUCAACAGCUCCAGGAUUAGCGCGGAUAUCAAAGGCACUGGGCUCAUCCACUGUGCCUGUUGGACCAAGGAAGGCAACCGCUUGGUUGUUGGGGUGGGCAGUGCCCUUCAUUCUUACAUUUGGGAUGAUGCUCAGAAAACACUGAACGCUUGUUCUUUCUGCCCAAUCUUUGAUGUGGGAGGAUACAUCUGUGCCGUGGAAGCUACGCAGAAUUUCCAAGUUGCUGUUGCCACUGAGCUUCCUCUAGACAAGAUCUGUGGCUUAAAUGCUGGUGUUGCAUUUGAAGUUCCAGCGAGCGUUGAGACUGAGUCCUUCCCCUCGCAGUCCAGUUUGUGUGGGGAGGAGGAGUAUUCCAUGGAUGGGGGCAAGAAGUCACUGGACUCUGAGAAGUCCUUGUCUGCAGUUACGUCUCCUGUGGAUCUAACUCACAUACUUUCUAGCAAGCCAGGUGCUGAUUCCAGCCCUCUCCUUCACCUGAGGCCCAAGGACUACCUGACAGGAAGUGGCCAAGAUUCUUCACACCUCAUCUUGGUGACUUUUGAAAGAAAGGUUACCACUACCAAAAAGGUUAGCAUCCCAGGCAUCCUGGUUCCUGAUAUAAUGGCUUUUGACCCCAAAACUCAAACUGUAUCGGUUGCUUCCAAUACUUGUAAUGUUAUUUUAGUCUAUUCGCUGACUUCUUCCAAUUUACCCAACAUUCAGCAAAUUCAGCUAGAGAAAAAUGAGAAACCAAAGGGUUUGUGCUUCUUGACUAAUAAAUUGUUACUGAUACUGGUUGGAAAACAAAAAUUCAGUGACCCUGCAUUUCUUCCCUCUUCAAGAUCAGACAAAUACAUGAUCCGAUUGAUGAUUAAGGAACUAAUAUUUGAAAUGGGUCCUUCAGCAUGUGCGUCAGUUAAUGGCAGCUCCAGCCUGAACCUUUCCAGCAUACCUCAUGAUGCCUCCAGAGAGGUUCACCCUCUCAGCCGUGGGCUCCUGAUUCCAGACCGCUCUGCCCUUCAGUCCCCUACGAGCCGAAGGAGACUCAUCGAAGAAAUCAAGAGUCCUGUUUGUGAACAGAACUUGGUAUUGAAUGUGAAUGACCUCAAAGAUAAAAAGAUGUCCAUGAAUUUUCCUCCAGUUCUCGAGACUCUGGAUGCUGAACCAGUGAAUCGGUCUGUGGCACUGUCUGCUGCAUCCAACAAGCCAACAUCUCCCAAGAGGCAGCCAGAGGCAGCUUCCAAAAUACCAAACUCCUACAAGAAUAACCUGUUCAGUGAAAGGGAGGCAAAUUACUUCUUGAAAAAUGUAGAAAAACUCUCUGGUAACUUCACAGAAUUGCAGCAUCGUCUCUGUGAAUUGACUGAGCUGCUAAAAUCUGGGAAGAGAAACCUUCCGGUGUAUCCAUCUUCUCAGGAACCCUCUAUUAUUAACAUCACCUGCCAGAAGCAGCUUUCCAGAAGUGAGUCCGAUGAAAGUCGGGUUGUUCUUCUUUGUGGUGGUAAACUGCGCCUAAACGUCAUCCAGCAGAUAUUCAACCUGUCUCUUGUAGAAAUGCAACACGGUUCCUCUUGGAUUGUUCUCACAGCAGACAGCGAGGGCUUUGUCCCAUUAACAUUUACAUCUGAGCAGGAGGUAGUUGUAAGAGAUGCCAGUACAAAAGGCUACAGUGCCCGUUCCUCCAAAACUUUGGACAUCAUCAGUUCUACACAGGAGUGUAGAUCUGCUUCUUCUGAGAGCCUGGAUAUCACCAGUUCUGUGGAAGCCCUCAGAGACUGCUCCUCCAAGCCCUCGGACAGCAGCAGUCCCUCCACACAGCCCAGCAGUAAAAUGUAG